AUGGGAACCCGAGCGUCGGGGUGUCCACACGGUCGUGGCCACGAUGAGGCAGCCGCAGGACUCACCCCGACGGAGUUUGUGUCCAGGCAGGAGGCCCGACCCUGCCGCACCCUGAGUCGGCCGGCUGAUCUGAUGCCCAGGGCGCGAACUUUGACCCGCAGUGGCACCUGGUCGCGCCCAGGCGGUGGGUCUGCGGGCGGCUCGCAGGUCCGGCGGGCAGCGUGGAAGGUGAGCGGGCGGGAGCGGCCACGGACUCGGCGCCGAGACCCCCGCGCCAGGCCUGGGAACGGGGUGGGACCCGGGAGGGCGCUGCCGCCGCCUUCGCAGGCUCCCUCCCGGCUGCCUGUCCCUCAGGCCCGCCUGGUGGCCUCCCCACCGAAGGCCGCCCGGUCCCGCGCUGUCCUCGGUUCUCCCGAGGGCGGGUCCUCCGCGGGGACUCCGCUCACAGCCGGGUGUGGUCUCGGCUCCAGGGUCCUGUCCAGGGCGGCGUGGCCGCAGCAGCCUCGCCUGGGACCCGGACUCCAGGUGAAGAGGAUGCCCGCCAGCAGGCGCCCUGCAGAGUGGAGGGCGACGGAGGAGGAGCCUCCGCCAGGGCGAGGGAGGCCGCGUGGAGAGGAGCCGCCUCCAGUGUGGAAAUGUGAGAGGAAGUUGGUGACAUCUUUCAGCUGGAUACAUUGCCCAAAGAAGACCUCAAAUGUGUGCCAAGAAGCCAGUGAUUCUAUUGCAGAGAACUCCAUGGAAAUGUACAGGUAUUGUGUUGAAAAUAUUCAUCUUGGUUAAAAAUGAGGUACUUUAAAAUACUAUAUUGUCCUUCUUUUUUUGUUGUUUUCCAGUGACUCCAGAUGCAUCUUGGUCACUGUGGUGGAAUCUCACUACUUUACAUUCUGUUUACCUCUGUUUUGUUUUGUGUGUCUGUGUGUUUUAAAUUUUAUAUGUCUAAAUUGCAGUUACCUUUAUGUGUUGAGACAAUAAAAUCAGGGGGAUCUCCUAUUUUAAAAUUUUUGUAAAAUUAAGCAUUUCCUCCCCUUCAUAUAGAUUGUAGAUUGUUUUAAGUGUUGUCUCUAGCGGAGUCGAGUUGAAAUGUUACAGACACAAAGUGGUAUGCC